GGAGGAGGAGGAGGAGGACGGUGUGCAACGACGAGGAGUCGUCGUAGUAGCUCGUCCAAGUUCGACCGUAGACGGCGACGGUACCGUGCCGCGUGUAUCUCGCGCGGAUCCCUCCUCGGCACGGCAAGGACGCUCUCCAAAGAGCGUCCAGGUACGAAAGAGAAGUGCGCGAGUGACCGAACGAAGGGAGGAUUACUUCGGUGUGAUUAUUUUCUUGCGGUGUCGUUUGUCGAGGAGGAGAAGGAAGAAGAGAGUUAUGUCGAUGACGCUAGGGUAAGUGCGAUCAAUCGAAGAAUAAACAGAUAAAGAAAAUAGAUAGAAAAAGAGAAAGGGAGAGAGAGAGAGAGAGAAAGAGAGAGAGAGAGAGAAAGAGAUAGAUAGAUAGAGAGACAGAUAGAUAGAUAGAUAGAUAGAUAGAGAGAGAAAGAGAAAGAGAGAGAGCGAGAGAGAGAGAAGAAAAAAGGGAAACGAGAUUAAUUAUAAAAAUUGGUGUUGGUGAAAAUUAUGAGUGACGAGGAUCGAGUGCUGCUCGCACGAGAUAAGAGAUAGGCCAGAGAAAUGCCAUCGGGUCGACGUGGUAUCGGUGGAUCUCGGCCGGGCUCUCGGUUCUAAAGUUUUUUUACGUAGAAAGUGGAAGUAGCAAAGUAGAAGGUUAGAGGACGAAGAUCUGUACUACGGAAAAAGUGAAGAUAAGAGAAAGAAGUAAAGUAAGAAGGAAAAAAGGAAGGAAGAAAGGAAGGAAGAAAGGAAGAAAGGAAGGAAGGAAGAAGGAAGGAAGGAAGGAAGGAAAGAAGGAAGGAUAUACAGCAAGGGCGAGGAGAAUCGAAAGAUUUGCCGUAGCGCGCUCAGCUUCCGGGAUUCGUGGGUGUUUUUACGCGCGCGGCGUGGAUCGAUAGCCGUCUCUCGCGAGCUCGGCUCGGCGUUGACGACGUCCGCGGCGUCAACAGGACGACAACGACGAGUCGGUUCGAAACCAAUUUUCGUUUGCGCCUGGACACGAAAUACUCGCGUAUAUUUGCAAGAAGAGGAACACGAAAGAGAAGGAAAGAAGAGGAAGAAGUAGAAGGACAGGAUAGGAGAGGACAGUAUAGGAUACAAGAAGAGAGGGCCGAGUUCCGGUGAUAUAUGGGGGACUUCGGCACAACGAGUCUCUUCUCGAGUACCUUGUCCGGGCCAAAAUCGUCGAUCGGUAGUAGCUCAAGCGCGACCAUAGCCCUGACAACGUCCAACAUGCAGGACGAUCUGUUGAUAGAAAAGCAGAAUACGGGAAAGCCGGCGCCCCUCUCGCCGAGCGCUGCCCUCGAUAACGUCGGUGGUCCUCAGGAGAAGUCCAAGGACGCGGUUGAGGUCGAGAGUAUCGCUAUAACACCGACGACGCCCUCUUCAACGGAAAAGGAGAUCAUUGCGUGUAGCACGACCUCAGCCCUUCAAGGUUUUAGCGAUCCGGCUAGGGUGCCGAGUCUUUGGGCAGAUGAUACCACGAGUCUGGCUCUGCCGGUAAACGGCUCGAUUGCUGCUUUUCAAAAUUUUCCGACUGGAGGGCCAGCCGGCCUUUUUGCCGGCACGGCGGCAGCUGCGGCUGUUUCGACGAGUACUCGGCGAGCGAUCACGGCGAGUCAUAAUUUUCCACAACAACACGGUAACGCGGCUGGUGCCCCGAGCACCAGGCAUGGCCUUCCUGUAUCCACACCUCAGCAACAACAACAACAACAACAACAGCAACAACAGCAACAACAACAGCAACAGCAACAACAACACCAACAACAACAACAACAACCACCGCCGACCUCACAUCCAGGCGUAUAUCUACCCAGUAAAAGUUAUGCCGCGUGGUCGGGUGGGCCUCAAGCACCACAACAAUGGGGCGGAGGACCUCAAACGGCCGCUGCCGUCGCAAGUCCAGGUCUUUCUCCUUGGAGCCGCGGUAGAUCCGUUCCCAAUCUACCACCUCUGCACUCCUCUCUUCAUGCUGCCGCUGCUGCUGCAGCUGUCGCUGGCCUUCAAGGAAGGAAACCAAGUCCCACGUUUCCGGGACAUCCUGGACCUGCUGCUCAUCCUUCCUGCAUUAGCCCAGUUAGGCAAUUUCGCAGGAGCACGUCUUAUCCUGGAAAGGGUAAUAUCUAUCCACCUCAGCCGGCGCCAACGUUCGAGAUUACUACGGAGGAGAGGGACCUACUGCAGUUACCGCCCUUUCAGCAGGAUCGUAUGACGGCCAAUGGAAAUUCACCGUUGGACAGUAUGCGGACAUUGGAACAUUAUCUAAGCGAUAUCAUGCGAGCCGGUGCUGCGGAUACUCCUGAACAUCUGAAAGGUACGUACAUGAGCCGUCGACGUCGCUUAAAUCAACGAGAAAAAUCUCAGAUCAUCGGAUUCAUAAACUGCAAUGCCAACACGCUACAGUCGCUCGCGCAGUUACACGGCAAAUCUCCGUUCUUCCCGAGUCUCGAUGAACCAACCGGUACUCUCUUGGAGGAUCCAAACGCACCAAGUCAGCUCGAUGGUGUUGGAGUCGGUGUUGGCGUUGGUGUCGGUGUUGGUGUCGGUGUCGGUGUCGGAGGUGGAAUAACCGCUUCCCAAGCGGCACCGCUUUCUUCACCGAGUCGUAGCAGUCCUCACAGUCAGGGUAGCGAGACCGGAGAACGUUUCUCUAGGAAAGUCUUCGUCGGUGGGCUGCCACCGGAUAUUGACGAAGACGAAAUCACAGCCAGUUUCCGUCGUUUCGGUCCCCUAGUCGUCGAUUGGCCGCACAAAGCAGAGAGCAAGUCUUAUUUUCCACCAAAAGGUUACGCUUUCCUACUUUUUCAGGACGAAGGUUCGGUACAGCAGUUGAUAGAUGCCUGCAUCCAAGACGAGGACAAGCUCUAUCUCUGCGUGAGCUCACCGACGAUCAAAGACAAGCCGGUACAAAUAAGACCAUGGCGGCUGAGCGACGCAGACUUCGUCUUGGACGCCUCGAUGCCCCUCGAUCCACGAAAGACGGUAUUCGUUGGUGGCGUACCACGGCCAUUAAAGGCCGCUGAACUCGCUAUGAUCAUGGAUCGACUUUACGGAGGUGUUUGCUAUGCUGGCAUUGAUACCGAUCCUGAAUUAAAGUAUCCUAAAGGUGCUGGUAGGGUCGCCUUCAGUAAUCAGCAGAGCUACAUCGCUGCGAUCUCAGCUCGAUUCGUGCAACUCCAGCACGGUGAUAUCGACAAAAGGGUCGAAGUAAAACCGUACGUUUUGGACGAUCAGAUGUGCGACGAGUGUCAAGGUCAGCGUUGCGGUGGCAAAUUCGCACCCUUUUUCUGCGCCAACGUUACGUGCUUACAGUAUUACUGCGAGCACUGUUGGGCGACGAUUCACUCUCGACCAGGUCGAGAAUUUCACAAACCUUUGGUGAAAGAAGGUGCGGAUCGGCCUCGAGCCGUACCUUUCCGCUGGUGUUAACCCCCGCUGCGCUAUCCCUAAUUGUCUCGCAGCCCUAGCUAAUUAACUACCACUUCUACGAACACCCACCCACCUACCCAAUCUCCCCACUACCCCUGCCCUUCUUCCACAACGCAAUCCAAGGAUCCACACUCCCUUUAUUACUUACCUACAGCAACAGCAGUUUCGAUCAUCAACCUACCACCUACAGCAAGAACCACCACCGACAACACCGUCAUCACCACCACCACUACCACCACCACUACCACCACCACCACCACCACCACCACUACUACUACUACCACCACCGUUACUACAGCUCGAUCGUCACUACUACCACUACUACUACCACUACUACUCCACUACUACCACUAUUGCUACUAUUACUACUACUACUACUACUACUACUACUACUACUACUACUACUACUACUACUACUCUACUACUACUACUACUACUAUUACUACUACUACUACUAUUACUACCACAACUACUAUUCUACUACAUCUUAAAUACUACUCCACUGCUACUUCAAGUACUACCGGUUACUCGAGAAGAAAAAGAUAGAAAUUGAAGAGAAGACGAAGGAAAGCCGUUGCUGUCUGUUAACCGCCGACGCCUCUCGGCGUCGUUUCCGACCUUUGACACCUCGCUGCAUGUGUUACCACGACGAGCAAAACCAUCAUCUCGUCCGUCCGUUCCUCGUCCUGGAAAAUAUAAAGAACUAUGGUCAUCAACGAUCGUCAAACAUUCGCGACGAUAAAGAGAACAUCUACGUGGGACAAAAACGUGACAGGAUAGAAUAUAAGAUGGCGAGCGAGCGUAUGAGAAAGGAAGAGAGAGAGAGAGAGAGAGAGAGAGAGAGAGAGAGAGGGAGCGAGUGAGCGAGGAUUACGAAUUUUUCAGUGUAUUCGAUAGCUCAUAUGUAUAAUCCAGUUUUCACUGUAAAAUGCAAACUUGUUCUGUCCGAAGAUCGAGUAUCGUAGUUACCGCUUUCGAGAGUAAAAGAAAACUAGAGAGGCAGAGAGAGAGAGAGAGAGAGAGAGAGAUAGAGAGAGAGAGAUAGAAAGAUAGAGAUAUAGAUAGAGAGAAAGAAAGAGAGAGAGAGAAAGAGAGAAUUGAACGAUAUCGACGAAAGAGUAAGAGAGAUAAGAUGUUGCGUCAAUAUCGGUCAGUCUUUUUCUAAACGAAAUCUUUUGAAUUGUCAUAUUUUCGUAACUUUCACUCUCUUUCUUUUUCUCUUUCUUUUUUUCUUCUUUUUCUUUCUUUUUUUCUCUUUUUCGUCUCAUUACCUCUUCAAUGCGUAUUGACUGUUCCGAAGAAAAUAUUUUCGCAAUUGGAUAACGAAACUCGUUUUCUGGCAAUUGUUCGAAAUAGAGAUAAAAAAGUAUUCCUCCUAAGACACGUGCAAUGAUAAGGUUUUGCGGAGGGCGAGUACUUGAUCUAUCGUGAAAGAGAUAAAGAAGAGAGAAAGAGAGAGAGGGAGAAAGAGAAAGAGAAUAACCGAGAUCGGAAAUGACGCAAACCGUAGCUGGUGAUAACGCGCGAAAGAGAAUGAUAUUUAUAUAUAAAUAUAUAAAUAUAUAUGGCGUAAAAAAAGGGAGACGAUUAACGGAAAGGGUUAGAGAAGAGUGAGAGAGAGAGAGAGAGAGAGAGAGAGAGAGAGAGAGGAACGAAAAAGAAAGAAAAAGGACAGCGCGCGAAAGAGACAGAGAAAGAGAGAAAGAGAGAGAAAACGAUGCUGGGGAGUCGACGAACUGUUCUCGCAAAUUGGAUAUUGAAUUAAUCGAUUACGAUAAUGAAAAAAAAAACCACGCUUUAAACCGCUGUGUAUUAGAUAAUUCUCUGUAUCACAAAAGGAAAUUAACUAACAAACAAACAAACGAACGAAACAAAACAAAUAAUUAAGCAAAAAGAACGAACGAAAAAAAAGCAAGCAAGCAAGUAAACAAACACAUACACGCAGGACACAGUUUUCUAGCUCUUAAGGACUCUUAUUAAAAAAAAAAAAAAAUAAUAAUAAUAUGUUACAUAGGUGCGUUAAUUGAUAUAUACGCGUUUCUCGCGUACGCGCUCGUAGAAAGACACCUUUCUGAAGAGAGAGAUGAUUUUUUACUUAUUAACUUAUUCGAAAUAUUGAUAUCGAAAGCUAGGGAGACACGAAGAGUAAAUAAGGAGAGAUAUAGUGAAAUGAAACAGAUCGAAUAAAAGAAAAGAAAUCGAGAGAGAAAGAAAGAGAGAGUUGGAAGCUAGAGGAUUGGUAGUAGAGACGUAGGAAGAGCAAAAGAGAUAGACGAGACGCUAUUAAAAAAUGAUUUCAUACAAGAGGACGAAUAAAAUUAAAUGGACUGUAGUAAAAUUUAAUAUUUUCUUCUCUUAUUAAUCUUCUUCUUUUUCAUUUCUUGAUUAAUUAUAACUAUCGGUACAAUCUCGGCCACGUUGAGAAAUUCUCUCUGCCAAUACUUUUAAUCGGUCGAAGGAAUCUUUCGAGUCCUCCUUUUAAUAACUAUCGCGGCAUCCAGUCUCAAAUUAAAUUUUUAGGACGUUGCUCUUUUUUUUUAUGUAUGUAUAUAUUUUUUUAUUUGAAACUCUCUCUCGUAGGCUCGAUUGGUCAGGUUUAUAUAAAUCAAAGAUAGAAAUACAGAAAUAGGGAAAACCAUUGUAGAUUCGAACUAGAUAGAUAGGUGAAUCAGUUCGCAGGUCAUUUGCUCCUUCUUACGUCCACUGUAUAAGAUCGGAUAUGCUUGAAACCAAACGAGAGGACAACAAGCGUGAUUAGCAUGAUCUUGAGUCAUCGGUGCGAUCCUCGAGCGUUCGUACAAAUUCGUACAAUUCGUACGUAUAUAUAUACAUUAUACAUAGUACGUAUAUAUAUAUAUAUAUAUGUAUAUAUAUAUAUAUAUACAUAUAUAUAUACAUAGAAAUAUUAUAUAUAGAAAGAAAAAGAAAGAGCGAAAACUCUUGUCCUACACACACACACGCAUACAUACAUACAUACAUACAUACAUAUAUAUAAACGUGCAUAUACACACAUACUUAUAUACACACAGAGUAAGCUAAUAAUCUAUAAUAUAAAGGAAGGGGUAGAUUUUUGUACAGUUUUAUGGUGACAUCACUUUGAUAUCAAUUAGCUAGCGCCAUGUCGGGAAAAAAUUUUAGCGUUUUAUCACUUUCUUACAGCAAUAUAUUCUUGUCUCGCACUAACGAGGAUCCACCGGAGAUAUACGAAGAUCUGAAUUGUUUCUCGAUGGUUCAGCGAAUCAUUCCCUUGUCCUCUCGGAUCGGAGCAGACCACGUUCUUGGGCACCGCUCGAAAAUGCACAUUUUUUCGUUCUACAAACGCGAAAUUGUAUCCUUUUCGCUCGGUGUUCGAAUGAAUGAGAAGCAGGAUAGUAAACGAUAAACCGUGAAAAAGAAUGAUAUCAUCAAUUCAUCAACCGCUCGAACACGAUCACACGGGAUAGAUAAUGUGAAUGAGAAAAAUCUAAUGAGAGUGUCAAUGGAUAAUGAAGAAACGGGGUACGUCAAGCAUGUUACAUCAUUUUUUAAUGUGUGAUCUGCUUUAAUAAACGGACGUUUCUGUACGUAUGUAGUAGCAGUCGACAACAACAACAACCAUAAUAAUAAUAAUAAUAACAACAACAAUAACAAAAAUAACAACAAAUAAAUAAGGAAUAAUACAGUCACAUAGUUAACCUCGCACGAUUACGACGAUGGAUGUAGAAAGAAUGAAAAAGAUUAAAUUAAAUAAUGAAAGGGUAGUUUCGAGAAGAGAAACUGGAGAAACGCCUGUUCACACAGUACAUACAUAUACAUAUAUCUAUACAUAUACACAUACAUAAACACACGCACACAUACAUAUAUACCAGGUUCAGAAUUCAUAUAUAUAUAUAUAUGUGUAUAUAUAUAUACAUAUAUAAAUAUAUAUAUAUAUGUAUGUGUAUGUGUGUGUGUGCGUACACGCAGACACAAUGAAAAAGGGACGCAACCGCGCACAUUCAAAAGAAAUUAAAUCACACACAGAUAAGAAGUAUAUAUUAAUACAUUAUGUAUUACAUAUACUAAAGGACUGAUAAUACGUUGCGUACGAAUCGU